CGGAUGUCUUUGCGGUGCGGCGUGUUCUGGUCCGUUCGUGAUUAUCUUCCAGACAUCAAGAGGCCUCAGCAUGGCUAUUCCAGUGGGGAGAUCCGUUGUCUUCGUGACUGGAAAUGCAAAGAAACUAGAAGAGGUGAUUCAGAUCUUGGGGGACGGGUUUCCCUACAAACUAGUGUCCAAGAAGAUUGACUUGCCUGAAUAUCAGGGGGAACCAGACGAGAUCUCUAUACAGAAGUGUAAAGAAGCAGUAAAACAGGUUGAUGGACCAGUCAUCGUGGAGGACACCUGUCUCUGUUUCAGAGCAUUGGGAGGUCUACCAGGACCCUACAUAAAAUGGUUCCUGGAUAAACUUAGGCCUGAAGGUCUGUAUAAGAUGUUGGCUGGGUUUGAAGAUAAGUCAGCCUGGGCUCUGUGUACCUUUGCCUUCUGUCCAGGGAAAGAGGAGCCAGUACAACUCUUCAGAGGGAUAACUGAGGGGCACAUUGUAGAGCCUAGAGGCCCCAGAGACUUUGGAUGGGACCCCUGUUUCCAACCAGACGGAUUUGACAAAACAUAUGCUGAGCUACCUAAGCAGGUGAAGAACACAAUAUCCCAUCGGUACCGAGCCCUGGCAGCCAUGUCCGAACACUUCUCCUCUCAGGCCAACGACAAUGGCAUGCCAGACACCAAGAAGAAGAAACAGAACGACUAACCACUGAUCUAGGGUCAGACAACCCUACCCCCAUUCUUAACCUUUACCAUCAGGGGGAUACAAAACCUAUCUGACUCUCUGUAUCCGUGGUUAGGGGCAACUUCUACCUACUCUGACCAAUCGCUCAACAAACAGUCAGGACUCAGCUAACCAAUCAGACGGGGACAAACUUGUGCAGAUUAGACAGUUCCACACUGGUCAGCAAGUUCCAACCUCAUCUGCCAAAGGUUUAGACCACACUCCGUCCUCCAUAAUUUGUCUUAAAUAAGUUGUUUUUGUACCUUAUCAAAAAAUAAGGAUUUGGUUUAUUCUCUGUUCAGAGUCAAGUCGCUUGUAUUAAACACUGAAUCUGCUUUCCUCAAACUGAUAGAGCUCAUCAAAUCUGGAUUAUGUGGGUUUUAUGAACCAAAAUGUGGUUCUAGUUCAAGACUUUCUGCUUUCUAAAGUGCAGUCCCCAAGCCAAGACUACAGUAUUUGUGAUUUGUGAGAGGCAGACUCUGUGAGAGUGUGGAGUGCCCCAAGAGGAGUGUAUAAUAAACCACAAAUAUUCUGUC